UCGCACCGCUUCCCCCCAGCCACCCGCGCCCGGUCGUGCAGCUUCCCCUUCUGCCUUCUGCGGCGCCCCCUUCAUCUCCAGCCGUCCCCCCUCCCCAGCCAAAUCAGGCGAUCUCCGGCGAUGUGAAGAAGGGGGUGAGCGCACAGGAAGAUGAAGGGAGCAAAGCUGCCCGCCGCGGGACAGGCGUCUAGGUGAACAGGAAAAUGACCGAGGAAACACACCCGGACGAUGACAGCUAUAUUGUGCGUGUCAAGGCUGUGGUGAUGACCAGAGAUGACUCCAGCGGGGGAUGGUUCCCACAGGAAGGAGGUGGGAUCAGUCGCGUGGGGGUCUGUAAGGUCAUGCACCCCGAAGGCAAUGGACGAAGCGGCUUUCUCAUCCAUGGUGAACGGCAGAAAGACAAACUGGUGGUGUUGGAAUGCUAUGUCAGAAAGGACUUGGUCUACACCAAAGCCAAUCCAACCUUUCAUCAUUGGAAGGUCGACAAUAGGAAGUUUGGCCUUACUUUCCAAAGUCCUGCCGACGCUCGAGCCUUUGACAGGGGAGUGAGGAAAGCAAUCGAAGACCUUAUAGAAGGCUCAACCACAUCAUCUUCCACCAUCCACAAUGAAGCUGAGCUUGGUGAUGACGACGUGUUUACGACAGCUACAGACAGUUCUUCUAAUUCCUCUCAGAAGAGGGAACAACCGACCCGGACAAUCUCCUCCCCCACAUCCUGUGAGCACCGGAGGAUUUACACCCUGGGCCACCUCCACGACCCGUACCCCACGGACCACUACCACCUCGAGCAGCCGAUGCCCCGGCCCUACCGCCAGGUGAGCUUCCCGGACGACGACGAGGAGAUCGUGCGCAUCAACCCCCGGGAGAAGGUGUGGGUGACGGGCUACGAGGACUACCGGCACGCGCCCGUGCGCAAGGCCCUGGACCCCGCCGAGGACGCGGACUCCUACGUGCGCUUCGCCAAGGGCGAGGUCCCCAAGCACGACUAUAACUACCCCUACGUGGACUCCUCGGACUUCGGCCUCGGUGAGGACCCCAAAGGGCGCGGGGGCGGCGUGAUCAAGACCCAGCCCUCGCGGGGCAAAUCCCGGCGGCGGAAGGAGGACGGCGAGCGCUCCCGCUGCGAGUACUGCAGGGACAUGUUCAACCACGAGGAGAACCGGCGGGGCCACUGCCAGGACGCGCCCGACUCCGUGAGAACUUGCAUCCGCCGGGUGAGCUGUAUGUGGUGUGCGGACAGCCUGCUCUAUCACUGUAUGUCGGACCCCGAGGGCGACUAUACAGACCCCUGCUCGUGCGACACUAGCGACGAGAAGUUUUGCCUCCGGUGGAUGGCUCUUAUUGCCUUGUCUUUCUUGGCCCCCUGUAUGUGCUGUUACCUGCCCCUUCGGGCCUGCUACCACUGCGGAGUGAUGUGCAGGUGCUGCGGGGGCAAGCACAAAGCGGCCGUGUGACUCUGCCCCUCCCUCCCCUCCGCCCACAGCCACCAGGGAACUUGUCUCCCACACACUCGCAUCCUCUCGCCUGCUCCCUGGGGCGCCAUUCCAGCCUGGGGAACCCUCUGGUGGACUCUGCACCUCCCAGCCACUCAUCCACCCCUGCACAGUGUUCUAAAGAAAGGACCCCCCCUCCCCCCCGCAUAGACUCGUGUAUUAAUAAUCUGUAAUCAAGCUAACUGUCUUAUACCUGUGUUGAUUUCCUGCCCACCUCUUCCACCAGUUCAAAGGCACCUGCAGUCGGAACUGUUUUUUGGGGUUUUUUUUGAUGGGUCUUGUAGUUGGUUUUUCCAAGAGCAUCGGAGACUAUCUUUCUCUGGGCUCAGCUUGCCUAUUGCCAACAAGCAUCACCGGGUUCCUGGAAGUGUGAUGUCAGAAUGAUGAAACCCAACCAGAAGUAUUUCAACCCCGCGUUAGUUGCUCUGGCUAGGAGGUGAGCUAGCUGACAAACAAGAUCGCUCUAACUUUUCUAAAGCCAAAUUUCCCAUGUGAGCCGCAGUUUCUAUCUUGAGCCCAUCAUCAUUUUCUGCCCCCACCCCGCCCCCAAAUCUGCCAGUUCUUCAGGAUGCAAACACUCACCCGGAAAAUGACUAAGAAUCGAGCCUUAACUUCAGAUUAACUUGGGAGAAUCGGGAAAAUUCCUUAAACUGCAUCACAUCCUCUCUAGCCAGGACUAGAAAGGAGGUUUCCGGAUUUCCCCGAGUCUCCCCAGUUACCCCUAAGGUAGGACUUUUUAAAACUGUGUCGCCACCACUUCCAAAAAUUUAGCAAUAUUGGAAGAAAAUGCUAAUAAAGUAAAAAAUUU